CUCCCAGUUCAAGACGCUGUACCAGCUGAGGACCAAAAGUUUUAGUUUUGCAGAACAAUCAAAAGCCACGAUGCUUUUAACAACAUCAUUCAUGACCAUGUUUGUUUUGGCUGUUUCACUUGUGAAUGGCGAUAAGGUAAAAUACUCAAAGAUUUAUUCGAACCGAAAGCCCCAGGUGUCUGAUGAAAAGUAUUACAAACCAUCACCCCCUCUUGAGUCUUAUGAAGACGAAAAUGCAGGAUGCACGUUGAAGGUUGAGUGUAAAAACAGGAAAGGUGAACCCGGAAGUGCUGGUCCGAGAGGUUUGACAGGACUUCCUGGUGUGCCCGGACUUCCUGGCCAGAAGGGAGAGUCGGGGACGUCACGACCUCACUUGGCUUUCUUUGUUGCCAUGGAGAAAAACAUGGGCCCCUUGGAUAGUUCGGUGUUGAAGUACCAGCGCGUGCUUCAUAACCAUGGUUCAGCCUACAGUAAAGAUACUGGAAUGUUUACAGCACAAUCUGCCGGUGUCUAUGUCUUCAAUAUUGUUGUAGCAGCACAAGAAAGAAAAACGGCUGCCGUCCAGUUAUUCCAGACCGGUGAGGGCGAAGACCAGUGGGUUGUGACAGUAUGGGCUGAGAGUCUUCCUAGUUGGGGCACAUCAUCAAAUACAGUGUAUCUCUCUCUUGACCAGGGACAACAAGUCUAUCUAAUCGCAAGACCAAAUCUUAACUCGUACUACUACGCUAGCAUGUAUACAACGUUCAGUGGGCAUCUUGUCGCGCCUGCUUAAUAAUUAAAGUCAACAUGUGCUAAUUCACAGUUCUACAGUGUUAAGAAACUAAUAAAAGCAUUAUAUUUCAAUAA